CUUUUCUUUUUCACCUUGACUUCAACCUCUCUUUUGUUUGUCUUUCAAACUUUUGACAGUCACUCGCUGACUACUUUUUGACAUUGUUUGCUUUUGCGACAUUGCGAUAAUCCUCCCACCUGCCAUCGCUACUGGUCUUCUUGCUAUACUGCAAGGUUCACUCAUCGACCAAGCACAUUGCAGUUCAGCCACCUUGAACUGCGCUCCCAUCCCCCAACAUUUCGCACGUUGGCAGAACAGAACAAGAGCCGGGGCCACAAUCCUAAUUCUGUGCCUGUCCGAGUUUAUUUCGGCUCGCCUCGUACAAGGCAAACGAAACUUCCGGUCAGCGACCACUUCCCUGUCCCCGACGCAUUGUUUGGGAGACCUUUGCAGGUCUACCCCCGAUAUAUAUAGACCGCAUCCAUGGCGACCUCACAUGGCGACCUGGCCAUGUCGCGGCCUACCUCCGGCAUCAUCUCUCCCCGCGACGUGAGAUCUAGGACACAGAGUAUCUCCAGCGAUCGACCUUCAACAAUUGCCCACAGCCUCAUGUCGCCGCCUCUCGCUGUAUCACCCUCAGCGGCCUUCAUCGCCGCCUCGGCCGCUUCUCAGAUCGUUACAAACGACCACGAUAGUCACGCCGAUACCUGGUACGAUCAGCACGGUAUUGAGCCAGCCAGCGACCCUGCGCUCGUCUCGGGAGAAGCGCUACAGCUUGUCAACAAUUUUCUUGAUCAGCUGCUUUUCAACUUCCUCUCCAAAUCCCAAGCUACUACUCUCGCCAACUUACGACCUGCCGUUUCGGAGGUGUUAAAACCCAAGCUAGCGAAAGAUGCCGUCAACAAUGCCGAUGAGGAGCUACGUGAAUACUUGGGCGACGGUGAUGAGGAAGAUUAUGUGCCGCCUACUGGCGACAAAGCGCGUGACUGGGACCUGGAAUUGGUUUGGAAGCGCACCCGCCUUAGGUGCAUGGUCUACUCUUCCCUGGGCGAUAUGGAGGAGGAAGACGAGGACCUCUACAUGGAACAGGAGAAUCUCGAGCUAGGGGCCAACGAGUCUAUCUCCGACGUUAUUUCACCAGCUGUUGCAAUUUUCCUGACCUCUGUUCUGGAGUAUAUGGGCGAGCUCACCCUUACUGUCGCGGGACAAGCCGCAUACCACAGAUUGCGGGCCAAAUACCAGAAGGAGAUCAAUGAAGGGACCCGAAACCCCGCCGAUGUCGCCGACCGCAUUGUAGUCGAAGAGCAAGACAUGGAGAGGGUAGCUCUCGACCGAACACUCGGGCGAUUGUGGAGGGGCUGGAAGAAGCGGAUACGGUCACCCGUGAUCGAUCUAAAUGGCCGCCCCUUUUCAAGGGCGUCUAAUGGCCAUUUAAGACAAGACAGUGUGUUCACUGAUUCACCCGCUUUAAGUCGGGUCCCAACCCGUGAUGCAGAAUUGGAGGCACAAGCUGAAGCUGUUGAUCCAUCUCAAGUUGCGCUUCCUAUUGGAAGUAAUGAUGUGGAUGAAAUCGAGAUCCCUGGUCUGGCUUACAAUAGCGAUGAUGAAGACGAGGAAUUGGAGGCAGAGGAGGAAGUUGGAGGGCGCCGACCUAAGAGUUUGUUGAUCCUGCCCCUGGGAAUUAUUCAGGGCCUUCCUACGCCAACCUUGUCGCAACCUAACACUCCCGACUUCGCUGGUCGCAAGCGUUCAAACUCGCUGCCAACACCCGGCGCAUCACCAUAUCGUGCUGCUGCUAAGCGAUCGAAGGAGAAGGAGGCUGUACCUGUCGAGACUAGUGUCAUUGGGGAGAAACAAGAGCCUGCCGAAGAAGCCAAGACCGAGCAAAUCAGCAGCGAGGAACCCAGGGAGGUCAAGGAGAUUGAUGGAAGCAAGCCUAAAGACGAGCUUGUUCCGGAGCCAGUGGCUCCCAAGAGCAAGCGGCUGUCAAAGAUUAUAACAAGCCGCAUUCAGUCAAGACAGGAGAUCGCAGACGAGGAUCCGACUUACGAGAAGGCAGAGAUCCUGACAUCAGCCCGAGUGUCAGUAGCUGGCAGCUCUUCGCCAGCCCUGUCUGAUACUGGUGGUCCGUUCCCACUCAGGAGAUCAUCAAGUGUGCACUCAGCGCGCAUCAUCGAUGUAGCUGGUCCUAAGAGCCCCAGCGGGUCGCGCUCACCCUCAGCUGAUGCUGCGGACCGUAUCCGCCGGGCGAGUCUGACCAUACCUCCAAGCAGUGGUCUCUCCAAUGGUGUCAGCGCAGUUGAUGUGCAGGCUCAGAACUCCCCUGCAACCUCAACUCGCCCAGGUCCAAAAAGCCGCUCUCCAGUCGAUGCCAUGCGAGGUUCUAUGCCAGGUGCUGCAACAAUCUCUGAGUCUGAUGAGGAGAUGGAUCGAAAUCGGACCAGAGAGCAGAGACCUCACAAGUAUAUUGCUUAUCAGCCUUCCACGCCCACUGUUCCGGAGGCUGCCUCUCCCACCGAGGCGAAACCACCUCAAACUAUUGUUGGAUCCCCACAUCACUCACCUGUUCAACGAUCUUCAUCCAGUACCAAGGUGGCAUCCACGCGUCCUGCAAGCACCUCUGAAACCGCCCCCGAGAAGCCUGCCGAAGUUCUACGAAAGCCCUCGGGCUACUCAAACCGACAUGCUGCACGAAAUGACAAGGUACCUACUUCUCCCACUCACAGUAUUGGCAUGGUAUCCAUAGAGCGAUCAAGGACAAGGGACUCGGACGAAGAUGGAGGCAACGUGCAUACCCCUCGGCCUACUCACACUUCAGGCUCAUCAGCCUCCUCAGGUACAAGCCGACUUAAGGCUGUUAGAACUUCCGAGGACAAUGGAAGCCGUUCAGCCAUGGCCCGUAACUUUGAAGAGCUGAUCCAGAGCAACCAAACCAUCACAUAUACGCUGACGCCUGAGAAUAUGCGCAACAUGGAUCACAAGCAGUCGCUUGACAAUUCAGUGUUUAAGGGAUCCAUGAAGAAUGAUGAUUCUCGUGCCCACAACCGUUCCAGGUCUUCUUCUGCGGCAACCGACAUGAAGAGGGCAUCUCCCCAUCACCGGGUUGGCGACGAUAGAAUGAAGCCAUUGCCCUCUCCAAACCCGAACAGACCACGUAUGUCUGCUGCCCCAAGAGACGCUCGGGUUCCCAGCGAAUCUACUGCGGAUUUUGCAGAAUUUAUCAAAUCUACUGGUCCCGCAGGAGACAGCCGUCCUAUGCAACUUCGAAAUGUGAGCAGCCCAAAUACCCCCGGCAAGACCAGCCUCGAUAGUCGUCAUGUUUCAUCGGCAAGCAAUCGGAAUCGAUAUAUGCCCCGUGAUGCUGUGGUCGAGUCCCGUAGUGGCAGCUCGGAUCUAAUCGACUUUAUCCGACAGGGACCCCAAGGCGCAAAUAGCAACCGUGGUAAGGCCGUCGACGCCAACAUUCCCGAUAUCCGAUACAGCCAGGCUUCGACUCAUGGCACCGAGUCAUCAAUGCCUUCGAUUCACUCAUCUAUCAACUCCAACACGGCCCUUUUGAAGAACAAAGGACAGCCUGCUCCGACGAGUAAGAUGUUUGAUGAAGAUGAUAUGAUGCCUAAACGCAAGACUCGACGUGUCAAGGACCCUUACGCCAUUGACUUUAGCGACGACGAGGAUGACGAGGUCUUGCUUGCAACGCCCAAGCCUCCUGCUAAGAAGGAGGAGAGCUUGGCAGAGUUUCUCAUGAACUAUGAGCCUCCACCGGAGCCUGUCACGACACCGAUCUCACAAAAGAUACCCAAGAAGAAAGCGAGCGCACCGAGCCUGAUCGGGAGAUUCACUCGCAAGGAGAGCAAUCACUCCAACACGGCACCUGCAUCACCCCAAGGCAACGACACUCGAUCUCUUAGUAGCCGUGCUGGCUUCAGGAAUUAUAUUCCCAUCCAGGUCAACGUCCCAUCUGGAUAUGACAAGUACGGGAUGCCCACUGGUGAGAACUCAUCUCGCCCUUCACAGCCUGCCUCGUCAGCUUCCUCUGGACGUCGUGUUCCCAUGAAGAAGUUUGAGCCUCGAGAUGCAGUAUCGAACGUUUCACGUACCUCGGAUUUGGCAGCAUUUCUGCGCACUUCAGAGCCUCCGCCAGAGCCUGUGAUGGCCCCUCCACCUCCCAAGGAGGAGAGCAGCAGUAGUCUAUCGAAGAUGUUCAGUCGCCGAAAGAAGUAAUCGAUGACAACACUUGUUGUCUAUGCCUACGACCUGAUUUAUUUUUUUGCCGUCACUUUUUGCGAAAAAAACGUUCUAGACGAGGAUCUAUACGCUCAUGAGCUCAUGUACUUCUUAAUCUUUAUUACUGGAUGUCGAAUUGUGAUCUGGGGUCUCGGGACCUGGGUCCAAAAUGCGGUUGAUACCGUCCAUGGACGGAUUUUUUGGUUUGGCCUUUUCAUUCUUGUCAUAUGGGCAUCGGCAUACAUCUUGAUGUGUCUUCUGGAUGUCUCAGGAAGGGGUUUUCGUGUCUUGUUCUCAGUCGAAGCGCAGAAGAGAGACUGCAUGGGGUUUCUCUGGAGAGCAGGUGAGGGUGAACAUGUAUAAAGAAGAUGUAUGAGGGUGAACACGCAUUCAAAUUCUUGCACUUAUGACUCUACGGGAUGUGUCUACACAUAUUUGAAGCAUGCAUUACACUAUCAACCUUCAAUCUCGAAGUUGCAGUCAUAAUGAGUACCUGUUAAUACCAGACGACGAUAAAACAUGAUAUGAUAUAUCAUUUCCCAGACCCUCGGAGUGUUCGCCAGCUCCCAUAAACAUAACCGAAAGACAGUUGAGUCGACCGCCCCAACCCGACGUUUGCGCAUGUCGUGAACAUAGACCAAACGAGGAAUGCACUGCGGCAACUUGGCUGGCAUAUAGUGUUGCAAUUUCCCUUAUUCUGCUUGCCUCAUCUCUACGAUACGCAGAGUUGAAUGCGGAAGAUGUGCGGUUAGAGUUGAUCCAGGAUCCCAACUGGUCAAGCUCUAGUAGAAAUUACUGGCUACUAAGCUACCUAUCACAUUGGAAUUUACAAUCAUAUGUCAAGUGACAGAAUCGGAUUUAUCUUUGCGGCAUUGACGGAUGCAGUCGCCUUGUCAAAGCUGGGAAAUAGCUUCAGGCGAACCAUCAGACGAGAGGCUGAGGCUCUUCAUUCUGAUGUUCCUAAUGACUUGUGAAAGGGUUGCAUGAAACUGCCUGAAGAAUUCAUACUUCAAUAUUGAGUCUAUAGUGAGUUGUCGUGUCACCCAAACUGUCAUUAUACCUGGGCCCAGCGUAUGAGGUUGCGCUGCCUGAACCUGCCUCUUCAUGAACCUGGGUGUACACAAGGUUUACAUACAUACAUUCAUGAACGAGUCACCUGCAUAUGACAUGAUUAUCUUGGACCGUCUUGUUUCCUUGCCGAGAAUUCACUGUAUUACUGUGGCGUCCUGUAUAAUCCCGUGAGGUUCUAUUAUUACUGACUAUACUUUCUCAUAUUUGUAGCAAUGUGUUGCUCCAAGA